AUGUCGGUCAAAAAUUCAUGCCACUGGCCCAGACUUGCUUUUAUUUCAAAAGAGUGUGUAUCUAGUACAUGCAUGUCAUUCACUGUUUAUCCAGUAGUAGGCGUUAGUUUGUCAAAUGCUAAGAGUUUCAUUGAAGAUGUGAAAAACCUUGUGGCUUUGCAACCUGAGGCAUUCUGCGGUAUCGACGUUUAUGGCGGUAUGUUACUGAGAUAUGUUAAAGCUUCAAGUGCUUAUUUAGGAAAAGAUGAAGAUGCUCUCGAGUUGGAUGUUCUUUACUACAGAAGCAAGGAUCCAAUGGCCCCAAGAUUACACCAAGAUUUCUACGAUGAGAUUGAGCAGAUUGCAUUGUUCAAAUAUGGAGGGAUACCACAUUGGGGUAAAAAUAAGAACAUGGCUUUUGUGGGAGCAAUCCACAAGUAUGGAAUUCAAGUUAAUUCUUGA